AUGUGUUCAGUCUUUGGCCACACAGAAACUUUGCUUUUGACAAGUUUUUCUGCAGCAUUGAAACAUUUCCUAUGUAGCCCAGAAUGCGUAUUGUUCGAAAGGUUGAAAUGGGAAACAAGAGUAAGAAUUUCUCCGAAAAAUACAGACACUGGAGUUGAUUAUGUAUGUUCUGGUCAGUUUGAAGAUAUUAUUCGAGCAAACGAAAUUAUACACACUUUUGCCCAACAAUUUAAUAGUGGAAAUGUCAUUGAUUCUUUAAAUGCUUCAAAAUUGGUGUCAGAUUCAAACGAAAAACAAAAGUCAUUACUCGUUCAUGAUUGUGAAGAUGAUGAAAGUGAUAUUGGUAUUAAUUCAAAUUGCCAGCUUAAAAUAAACCCACAGAGUGGUACCAAUUCAAGUUUACAAGGACUUGAAAUCCCCAAGUGCUGUACAAGUAAGAGAGUUACAAAAGACAAAAUCAUAGAAAAAACUUGUAACAAAGACCACAUCAAUAUUGCAUUAAAAGAUGCUGAAUCAACUAUAGUUUCAGAUUUUGUUUCUUCCUCAGAAGAUGAAAGUAUCACAAACAAAGGAGCACAUGCUUCUACUUCAGUUUUAUCUAAACCUGAUAUACAGCAAAACCAUAUCACCUACAAUUUUAAAAAUGCUCAAGUCAAACAUGUCAAAGAUGACUUUGAACCCAUAGACAUGACCGAUGAAUUAGUGUUGAAUGAUUCAUCAGAUGAUGAUCACAAAAGUAAUGAAGAGAGCAGUGAGAAGGAAAUUAUAAUACAUGUAGGUCCUGAAAAAUACAAUCAGAAUGAAAACAACAACCCAUUUACCAUUACUGAAAACAUGGAAGAAGAGAAAGGUUUAUCACAGCCAGGCGAAAAUAAGAAAAGAAAAAGAAAGAAUCACAAAACAUGUAAAGUUAUUGAUGUUCACCAUCCUGAUGUGGAUCUCAAUGCCCUCCCAGGAGAAAGUAGUUUCAAGUACGAAGAAACAGUGUUUUCAUUGCAGAAAAAAGCUGGUAAACUUAUAAGGGAUAAAGAAAAUCCAAAAAUGGCCAAGUCUGAAUGUGGAAUUUGCUCUUAUGUGAAUUUUUUACCAUAUGCUCGUUCAAAAAGACAACUUAUGCAGCAUUUUGCAAGGAAUCAUGCUAAAACAGAUCCUAAACUGUCAUCCAAGCAUGCUUUGCAACAGCAUCUGAAAAGAGUUCACUUGUCUGUGGAAGAGAGAGAAUUAUUUACUUGUGAAACUUGUAAAAAGUCUUGGCUUGAAAAAAAGACACUUGAUAGGCACAUGAAAGUUAAACAUGGAAAGGGUGUUGUUAAAGAACAUUUAUGUGACAUUUGUGGUAAAGGUUUUGAAACUCCUUAUGAUGUCAAAAAGCAUAAACAAGUUCAUGAUAAAGUACCACAAUAUGUUUGUGACAUGUGUUCUAAAGCAUUCAAGUUUAGAACAGGGCUACUUAUUCAUAUGAAGACUCACACAGGUGAAAGAAAUUUUCUGUGUAAGGAUUGUGGGAAAGCAUUUCAACAGUUGGGUACCCUAAAACGACAUCAACGUACUCACACUGGUGAACGCCCAUUUGUAUGUAGUCUCUGUAAAGAUACAUUUAAUGAUAGUUCAAUACUUCGACGUCAUAUGAUUUUGAAACACAAGAAAGAAAAAUAA